AUUGCAUAGUGGAACAACGUUUGACGUUGUGCACAAGGGUCACCGGGUUCUGGUUGUCCCGCUGCAGAUAAAUAGAUGCAACUCCAAAGCAUCAGGAGAUUCGUUUGGGGCGAUAUUCCUUCUUCGAAGGUGGAGCGGAGGCUCUUGCUCAAGAUUGAUUGGUUUAUACUAUCGUAUUGCUGCCUUAUGUAUUUCGUCAAUUACUUGGAUAGAGCGAACGUCAACAAUGCCUACGUCUCAGGGAUGAAGCAAGAACUCAACAUGCAAGGAAAUGACUUCAAUAAAAUAAAUACCGUUUUUACCUGUGGAUAUAUCGUCGGGAUGAUACCAAAUAAUCUAAUGCUGCAGGUUGUAUCGCCAAGGAUAUGGUUUCCUCUGAUGCAGAUAGUUUGGGGUGUGCUCACUUUUUGCACUAGCGCUGUCCAUAACGUAGAGCAGAUAUAUGCUAUCAGAUUUUUUCAAGGCAUGGCAGAGGCGUCAACGUUUGUAGGGACGCAUUAUAUUUUAGGCUCGUGGUAUAAACCUGGAGAACUUGGUAAACGCUCCGGAAUAUUUACGAGCUCUGGGCUGGCCGGCACACUCUUUUCUGGCUUACUUCAAGCUGCAGUUUAUCAAAAUCUAGGGGGAGUUGCACAUAAAAGCGGAUGGCGAUGGCUGUUUAUAAUUGACGGCGUUAUCACGCUGCCCAUCGCCAUUUAUGGUUUCCUCGUAUUCCCAGACGUGCCAAAUUCUACACGGGCGUUCUACUUGACACAGGAGGAACGAGAACUUGCAUAUAAGCGACUGGAAUCAGACACGGCACAGCACAAGCUCUCUUGGGAUCUGUUUAAAAGGGUUCUUGGGAAGUGGCGGUGGUACGCAUGUAGCUUACUCUUCGCAAUAUCCGGUGAAGUAGAAAGUUUUGGUUCAAACAAUCUGAUGGGCCAAUGGCUCUCAGCUAUUGGUGGCUACACUGUAGAACAAGUUGACUAUUAUCCAUCUGGUGUCACUGCUUUUGGGAUUGUAUCAACACUGGUCUGCGCAACAUGGACUGAUUAUACGCGCGCAAGAUGGCCCGUCCUCGUCUGGAUGUGUUUCUCCUGCACAGUAGCUGCAAUAUGCAUCCUUGUGUGGAGCAGUCCUAUAGGACUAAAGUUCUUUGCCUACUAUUUCGCAGGAGCGGCUUACUCAGGGCAAGCAACCACUUUUGCUUGGGCCAAUCAGAUAUGUGCAGAUGACCACCAGGAACGCGCUAUUGUAUUGGCAUCCAUGAAUAUGUGGAACAACGCUGUGAACGCGUGGUGGCCGUUGCUUUUCUAUCCUGCGACAGAUGCACCGCGUUUCCGCAAAGGCAUGAUUGCAAUGAUUUGUACGUGUGUCGCAACCCUUGGCGUAACCUGGCUUGUAUGGUAUCUCGAACGGCGCGAGCAUCGAGUGACGCGUAAAGAAAAGCCAGACAAAGAGCGCGACGGCAGUAUGGAGGAGACGAAGUCCUACGUGGGUUGAGGCUUACGGCGAGAGCAGUGUCAAUUUACGAGAAUAUCAUUUAUGAUAUAUCGAGUUUUAAAAAUGUUUAAUUCUGAAGCCAUCACAUCGCUCAUCGGUGAAGCUACUGAUACACGUAUGAUUCUUUUAAAAUUGCGAACAACAGUCUAGACUAAGGGUCUGUCUCAGACAACAACCCUGCCCAUAAACAAGCCUUUGUAAUGCGCUGCAAAACGAGGCAAAAAGGUGUACGGUGUUUUGUACGGUGUAAAGCGUUUCGACGACAACAGCUCGUGGAAAAAGACGAGCAAUUAACUAAAUUGUAUAAAAGAGUGUCCACUUUUAACAAGAAUUGAAAACAGCAUCCUCCAAUACAGAGGAUGAAACAGAAUGGUAACGGGUAUACGAAAGAGAUACUGGCGUUUACUCAUUGGCAACUUGAGCACGCCAGGCGGGGCAUCUCCGUAGAUAUCAGUCAAUCCAGGAGGCAAUGCGUGUUCCCGUGGUAGAUCAACAGAAACUGUGCCAUUAGGGCUCACAGAUCUACCUUGAUAAGGGGCGAACGGUGCUCCUCCACCAGGAUUGCCAAAGUGCGGCAGUUGGGAGUGCGAUGGGUCAUAGACAGGCUCUGGCAAGAGCGGCGGGACAGGCUUACGGUCAGAAGGGUUGCGCACCAGACUGGUCUGAUUAUUGUUGUAAUUGUUGUAUCCAGCACCCUGAGGGGGUGAAGGCGCACGUGGCGCGUAGGUGGUGGGCUGCUGUUGCCCAUAUCCCUGGCCGUAAUAGCCCUGGGAAGGAGGCUGUGCAUAUGUUGGUUGGGUGUAUCCGCCGCCAUAAUCGAAGCCAUGGCCGUGUCCCGAAGAGCUCCCGCUCAAUCUAUAUUUUUCGAUUGAAUCAAGACGCCUCUCCUCAUCAACGUAGUGCUCCGCAACUGUCGGAUCGAACGAGACAGCAUCUGCGAUCUCACGGUCAAGGCGACUGCGGCGGCGUCUUCGGCAUGCCAUGGUCACAAUGAUAAAGAUAAUAAUCAUGACGACGAUACCGACAGCCGCGAAAACACCACCCUCGAGAGGCUUGUUCUGUAGAAAGCCAGGGGUAGGUGUAUAACUGGGAGUGGCAGAAACCUGCGCAAGCUCUGUGGUGAUGUAGACAACCGAGUUACCGCUAGAGGAAGUAACUGUGACGGGGGUGGACGUAGGAGUAACAGAGGGUGGUGGGGUAGAAGUCGAGGUAGGUGUGGAGGUGGAGGUGGAGGUGGGCGUAGAAGAGGUGCUUGUUUACUGAGUAGUGGUGGACGACGAAGAAGGCUUUGUUGAAGUAGUCGAGCCGG